AUGGAGCUCGCGGAGGCCGUCCGGUGCGAGGCCGCCUUCGGGAUGCGCGUGCUGCAGCACCUCGCGGCCGAGCCCGGCGCCGGCGGCAAGAACCUCGCCGUGUCCCCGCUCUCCAUCCACGCCGCGCUGGCGCUCCUCGGCGCGGGCGCCCGCGGCGCCACACUCGACGAGAUCGUCGCCCUCCUCGGCCCCGCCGGCGGCCGCGCCCACGCGCUGCUCGCGUCGCACGUCGCCAUGCACGUGUUCGCCGACAGCAGCGGCGGCGACGGUGGGCCGAAGGUGCAGUUCGCCAACGCCGUCUGGGUCGACGCCACGGCGGCGCCCCUCAAGGCCGACUACGCCCGCGUCGUCGCCCAGCACUACGCCUUCAAAACCAUGGAUCGAUCUUUUUUCCAGCCGGAGGAAGCGAGGCGCGAGAUCAACGAGUGGUUCGAGUCGGCGACGGCGGGCCGGAUCAAGGAGUUCCUGCCUCAGGGCUCCGUGGGGUACGACACGGCGGCCAUCCUCGGGAACGCACUCUACUUCAAGGGCGUCUGGGAGAGCACGUUCGACGCCCGGCUCACGCGGCACGACACCUUCUUCUACCUGCAGCCCGCCGGCGUUGAGGGCCAAGUCCGCGUGCCGUUCAUGUCUAGCGGCGAGCGGCAGUACAUCGCCUGCCGCCCGGACUACAAGGUCCUGAAACUCCUCUACGCGUGCGGCAGCGGGCUGGCCUCCAGCCCGGAGCAGCUCGAGGCGGACUCCAUGGCGCUGCGGAGCACCGUGGCCGUGGGCGCAUUCAAGGUGCCAAAGUUCACCAUAUCGUACAAGACGGAGGCGAGCGGGAUGCUGCAGAGCCUCGGGCUGCGCCUGACGUUCAGCACCGCCGCCGACUUGUCGGAGUUGCUGCAACCCAUGUCGCCGCCGCUGGUCGUGUCCCAAGUCUAUCACGAGUCCUUCGUGGAGGUGAACGAAGAAGGGACCGAAGCGGCCGCGGCGACAGCCAUCGUUGGUAUCUUCGGUAGUUGUUCGGGGGGCUGGAGCAGGCCGGUCGACUACGUGGACUUCGUCGCCGACCACCCCUUCAUGUUCUUGAUCAAGGAGGAGCUCACCGGCGUUGUAGUGUUCGCCGGCCAAGUCGUCAAUCCUUCGCUCUAG